AUUUUAGAACGGCCUAGCCGCACAUAGGCUGCCUGAAACAACCUGGCCUUGUCUAGCAGCUGGAGACGGAACAGACGGAAGCACUGCAUCCACUCUGCCAUCUGCUAGCCACCCCUCCUGUGAUUCAUCGGCUAAUUUUCACUGUUGAGCAGCGUUAAUAUACCUCCUAAAACCGAACAUGAGCUGCUCACCGUGAGCAUGUCGGAAGAACUUCAAGAUCAACCCCUUGAGUACAGGGGGACUCCCCCACCUGUGACUAGGGGGCCUCCUCCACUUCCUCCUACAACACAGUCGGAACCUAAUCUUCGCCGUCCGUCACCAUAUACGUAUGUGACGUCGUCUCUGUCUAGCCAUUCGCGCUUUUCUUCGGUAGCAUCUCCUCGAUCCUUAACGUCGUCCCGCACUUCAUACAGUGCCGGCGAAGUUGAGCAAAAUCAUAUCAACAUUGGUAUUGAUUUUGGAACGACCUAUUCGGGUGUAGCCUGGGCUAUCUCAGGUGCGCAAGAACCAGAUAUUAACGUUGUGACGACCUGGCCGAACGCACCGACCGAGAGCUGGAGCGUGAAAGUUCCAACUGAGAUAUGGUACAAGGAGGGAGAAGCAUUCAAAUGGGGAUACUCUGUACCUCCGGAGGCGGAGCCGUUGAAAUGGUUUAAGCUUCUUCUCAUACCAGAUGCAGAGAUGCCUCAAAAGAUUCGGGAUGCGAAAGAGAUCAGAACCACCAAACGACUUCUGCAAAAGCUAGGCAAGUCGCUUGAAGACGUUAUCGCAGAUUACCUUCAAAGGAUAUGGGAAUGUGCAUUGAUUGACAUAAAGCAGCAACAAGGGUCAAGCGCUGACAGUAUGCCAUUACGGAUUAUUAUGACUGUUCCCGCGAGCUGGACAAAGGAUGCACGGAAUCAAAUGAAGAGCGCUGCUAUUAAAGCCGGCUUACUGAGUCGCCGGAUCGGCGUCAUGGACACCAAGUUCGAAUUCGUGGGAGAGCCAGAGGCAGCAGCCCUUGCCGCGUUCUUCGACGGAAACGUUCGUCGAUCAAUGAAUGCUGGUGAUAUAAUUACCAUUUGCGAUGCUGGUGGAGGAACGGUGGACACUGUUACAUACGAAAUUGAGCGGAUCUUGCCGAAUGUACAUCUUGGUGAAUGCAUAGCCGGUGACUCGGACUUGUGUGGGGCCACUGCUCUCGACGGUGGGUUCCAGGAACAUAUGGAUGGAAUGAUGGGGAAGGACAAAUUGAGCAAAAUGACACCAAGAAUAUUCUCCGAGCUAAUGUAUAUGUGGGAGCAUAACAUCAAGCGCCAAUAUCAGAAUUCAACCUCGGAAAUCGUCGCAAAGCUCCCUCACGAGGUAGCAAAAACGAUAAAAAAUCCUCUCAAGAUAUGGAAAAAAGGAAAUGGUAGUAAACAGCUUGUAGGUGAUGCAAUGAGAUAUACAUCGGCUGAUAUCAAGAAAAUCUUUGAUCCAGUGAUGAGAGAUAUCCUAACUCUCACGAAUCGACAGAUUACUGAAACCUUGAGAAGGAAGAAAAAGAAACCGAAAGCGAUUCUCUUGGUCGGUGGGCUUGGCUCGAAUAAAUUCCUGUACCAAAGGCUUCAUGCCGAGUACUCCACUGGAGACGUGGAUCUGAUCCAGCCACAAGGCAACAAGGCGUGGGCGUCUAUCUGUCGCGGUGCUGCAAUAAAGGGAAUGACCUUCGACAACUACGAUGAUGGCCAAGUCAUGCCGGUCCCUAUGGUGACGUCUUACAUCUCAAAAGCACAUUACGGCAUUGUGUUCAAGGUGCCUUUCGACGCGUCGAAACAUCCAGAGGAGGAUAGGAGGUUUGAUCAAGCCACAAACCAGGACCUAGCCUACAAUCAGAUGCAGUGGUACGUGUCAAAGGGAGAUGACGUGUCCCAAGGAAACCCAGUAAUCCUAUCAUGGCAAAAGUUCCAGCCAGACUCCAGGCCAUGCACCAGCCUCUCCGUAAAGAUAUUCGAGUGUGAGGCAAACAAUGCACCCAAUCGGAUGACCAGCGAAGUUCAGGAGUGUGAGACUAUCAUUUUUCCGAUUAACUGGGCUAGUCUGGCAGUGAGCGAGGGAGCAAAUGGUCAACGCUUCCGGAGAGUUCAGUUUGACUUGAAAAUGACGAUGUUAGGGCUAGGCAAGUUGGAUUUUGAAACCUUUGUAGACGGGAAGAUGGUUGCACGACAGAACGUAAGAGUAAAGGUUGGAGAUGGGGGGCUUUCCAUGCAUUGAAGAACGAAGGACAAAACGCAAUAUGUACGAAAAUGAAGCAAGAGAGGGUAAAACGGUUACUUAGGCGUUUAGGUGAAAAGGAAUGAAAGGAAGCUUGAAGUCAAACCAGAUCAGGACCUCGGGAUGUUUAGCGAGUUUAGUCUAGCCGAAUGAGGCUAGUGUUAUUUCGCACCUCACCCAAAUAA